AGAUAAAUGCGCAACUAAUUUCAAGCAGCCUACAAGCGAUGCUGCGCUCACCUGCUUAGUUAGCUCCGCUGAGACCAACGCAACACCUCAAAACUCAUGUCAAUUGUCAAAACUGUACCUGCCCUUGCUCGGGCAGGCGUGGAUAUAAACUUCAGAAGACUGAAUGCCCUUUCUAACCGGAGAGCACAGUCCACUGUCGCCUCAACUCAGGCGGACCAGGAUGUCAACAACAGAGAGGACGCCGGCGCACAGUCCUACUCUUCAAGGAAAAGCAGAAAUGCUUCCUCCUCUCCAAAGAUCUCUAUUGACUUUGAGCAGACACAGGAAGCAUACAAGAGUAAAGACAAUUUAGAACUGCUCAGAAGUUUGGUGGUUUUCAAAUUGUGCUCUUAUGACCUUUUGGUUGAUAAGAAUAAGGAGCUGAUGGAUAUCAGUAAGUUCCUACUGGGGAAGAAGGCAUUUGAGCAGUUUAUGAAGAUGACAUUCUACGGUCAGUUUGUGGCGGGAGAGGACCACAAGUCCAUCAAGCCUCUGAUUCAAAAGAACAGGGCCUUCGGAGUGGGCUCUGUCCUGGACUACAGUGUAGAGGAGGACCUCACACAGGAGGAUGCAGUGACUAACGAGAUGGACUCAUGUGUGUCCGCUGCAGAGAAAGAAAGCAUGGGCCACAGAGAAAAGAAGUACAAGGCUCACCAACAGUUCGGGGACCGCCGAGGGGGAGUGACCGGUGCCAGGACAUACUUCUACACUGAUGAGGCCAAAUGUGACCAACACAUGGAGACCUUCCUAAAGUGUAUCAAAGCAUCUGGUGGGAGCUCAGUGGAUGGCUUCUCUGCCAUCAAGAUGACUGCACUGGGACGACCUCAGUUCCUGCUCCAGUUCUCGGAGGUGCUGGUGAAAUGGAGGCGUUUCUUCAGCUUCCUGGCAGCACAGCAGGGGAGAGAUGGCAUGGAGGCUCUGGAGCAGAGGCUAGAGCUGCAACCACUACAGGAGUUUAUGACCAAGCUGGGGGCCACAGGUGACUUCCAUGGCUGGUUCACUGGAGAGAAACAAGGAUCAGGAACCAUUGACAGGCUGGACUGGAAUAGCCUGAUCGACGACAGAAUAAAGAUAUCAGAUCUACUGGUUGUCCCAAAUUUAAAGACUGGUCAGCUGGAGCCCCUGCUCAAUAAGUUCACAGAGGAGGAGGAGAAACAGAUGAAGAGGAUGCUCCAGAGGCUGGAUGUACUUGCCAAGCAUGCAGAGGAGCACAGUGUUCGUCUAAUGGUGGAUGCAGAGCAGACCUACUUCCAGCCCGCCAUCAGCACACUGACUGUGGAGAUGCAGAGGAUCUACAAUAGAGGGAAACCUGUCAUCUUCAACACCUACCAGUGCUACCUCAAGGAGGCCUAUGAUAUCAUGACCAUGGAUGUUGAGUUGUCGAGGCGUGAGGGAUGGUUCUUUGGGGCCAAGCUGGUGCGUGGGGCCUAUAUGUACCAGGAGAGGAGCAGAGCGGAGGAGAUUGGAUACGAGGACCCCAUCAACCCUGACUAUGAGACCACUAACAUGAUGUACCACAGGUGUCUAGACUACGUCCUGGAUGAGAUUGGACUGAACAGAAAUGCCAAUGUCAUGGUUGCUUCUCACAACGAGGACACAGUGAAGCACACCAUCAGGAGGAUGAAUGACUUGGGCCUGACUCCCACGGAGAACAAGGUGUACUUCGGACAGCUGCUGGGCAUGUGUGACCAAAUCAGCUUCCCAUUGGGCCAGGCAGGUUUCCCUGUCUAUAAGUAUGUUCCAUACGGGCCGGUGAACGAGGUGAUACCGUACCUAUCCCGUCGUGCCCAGGAGAACAGGGGCUUCAUGAAGGGUUCCCAGAGGGAGAGGGAGCUGCUGUGGAAGGAGCUGAAACGCAGGCUGGCCUCUGGACAGGUCUUCUACAGACCUCAGCCUGAGCCGGCACUAUGAGAUCACAGCUAGCUAGCUGUCUGUCUGUGCUGCCUACUCUCUUUCUAGUGCUCUCUCUUUCUGUCUCCUUCUCUCUCUCUGUGUCAUGUUCUCUGUCUUAUUCUUACCGGCUACUUGUUUGCUCGCUCAUAACACCCCUCUCUCUGUUCAUCUCUUCCCCUUCCCCCUAGCCAUCUCUCUCCCUCUCUCUUUCCCCCAAUGUCCCUCUCUUCGUCUUUCUCCCUCUCUCUUAAUUCUCUCUCUGUAAGCAUUCCUCUUGGUGUCCUCAGCAUCCUCAUAGCGCUGCAUACAUCAUAUGGGCAUCUUUACUACUCCAACAGGACUCCCUAAAAUGUCAGGCUGGCCCAGUCCACCCGUCGCUCGCUGCUUUUUAUAGCUCUAUUUAGAGGGACAACAAUAAUAAAAACAUAACAGGCUUGAUUUAAAUGGCUGUAAAAUAUCCAACAACAUCCCUUUUACUUUAUAAUGCUUCUUGAGGAUACAAAAACCUCUGAGGAGUAUUUCUGUAGAUUUCCUACAUAAUGUUUUAAAGGUAGUAUCAUAUAGUGUUCUUUGGAAAUGUAUACUGUACAUAAAUCUAGGGUGAGUUUGUAUACUUGUCUACACACACUGGUGCCUCUGUAGUACUAUAUAAUAAUAAUAAUAAUAAUAAUAAUAUUACUGUAGUACUGUAUUACAUAUUACACUCUCAUAGACAGAGCUAGUUUAGUUUGAAUCAAUAAGAGUUCUUUGCAAAUAUAUACUGUAAAGGGUCUGGAGGGUUGGUUUUCCAGUAGCCUAGUUUUGAUUGUGUUCAUAUCCAGGGAUGCAAUUACAGUACUGUAUAUGAUUCUGGACUUCAAAUAGCUGAUACUGAGUGUGCUAUUUAUUUGUCCAUUUGGCAUGUAAAUGUCAUGUUAAAUAUGUUGGAUUUAGCACUCCAACCUUGUCUCUUGUAAAUAUACUUUAGCUAUCUGUGAAAAGCUGUUCAUUUCUUUAUUCAAAAUGUGUUUCACAAAGUGAGUUUAUGAUCAAAAUGGCUGACAAGAAGAAUGAACAAGUCCUCAACAAGUAUUGUACAAGUUUAAAGUAAAUUGAGAAAUCACAAAGUUAUUGUCCUCUUUUGAUAGCCCAGCUUUUGAGUUAGACUCCCAGUAUGGGUCAUUUUGUAUGAAUGCACACAACUUCGAACUCUCAACACAUCAACAAGUCUUGUUAAAGUUGAAAGCAAAUGGAGAAAUCACAAAGUUAUCGCCCUCUUUUGAUAGCCGAGCUUUUAAGUUAGACUCCCAGUAUGGGUCAUUUUGUGUGAUAAUUGUAGGUUAGAGCCUGUUUCAUUACUGACAGUCCAUUAAUAUCUCAGUCAGAAACUAAUCAUGCUUCCCAAUAAUUAUCACCCUGCGACUCUGUGACAGCGACAAUUCUUCUGCAGAUGAUCAUUAAAUUGCCUGUGAUAUUGUGCUCUCACACUGAAUAGGGGAGGGAGAUGAUGUGUUAUUCAUCGUAGGCAAAUUGGUCAGAAGAACUCUUUGUGUUACAGAAACGCAGUGUCUAAUGUAGGGGCUCAAUUCCAUCUGUAUCGUUAUAGCUCAAAUUUAAUUUAAUGGCAAUGUUCCCACGUUGGCGGAGACUGCAUUCACAGUAAACGCUGCAAAUGUCGGCUCAUUCGGAAAUGACCUUUCAAUGUCAAUGCGGAUCUUCAGCGAUACUUCAGUGAUACGCAUUGAAUCCAGCCCUACGUUUCUGCUAUACGUUUCUUGGUGAAUUGAGAAUAACGUUCAUUUUUGAGUUGUGUUGUGUUUCGUUUUAUAGCUCAACUCACAUUUGUUUGUCAACAAUUGUAUCCAUCCAAUACACUUACUCAAUCAACUGUUCUUUUUGACUUUCAGGACAUUCUCUAGUAAGGAAACAAUGGAACUCCAGAUCCACUGUCAGUACCUUCUAAACUGAGCUUUUCCUAAUUUACUUUAUGUAAUGAGUGUUGACGUUUCUUAUGCAAGAGGUUGACUGUAAUCACUUUACAUGUGGGCAGCAGGUAGGGUGGCAGGUAGCCUAGCGGUUAAGAGCAUUGGACCAGUAAUUGAAAGGUUGCUGGCUCGAAUCCCAAAGCUGACUGUGACAAAUCUGUCGAUGUUCUCCUGAGCAAGGCACUUAGUCACUGGAUAAGAGUGUCUGCUGAAUGGCAAAAAUGUUAAGUGCAGUGUUGUCUCAUGAGAGCCCCUGUGGUGAUGGAAUGCUUCAGACUGUUUGUUUUGUUUGCCUUAUGUUUGUGGUUAGGAUUUAAUUGAUAUCAGACAGCAAUUUGUGCCUUUUCCCUGGUCUCAGCAACAUUACAUGCACUCUUUGACAGGGCAAUAUCAGUGCUGAUAUGCAAACACACACACCCACACACCACUGCAGUGUAUCUAUAUAUAUAGAUUCGAUUUUAAAUAUGUUUGUCACAGAGUAUAGACUGGUAACAAAAAAGUACAUCUAUUUGGGAAAAGGAUAAAUAGACAAUGGGGAUUCUGUUUAUGAUGUAUUUUAUCAAUUCAAAGCUUGUACGGUUCAUAUGACAGCUAAAUCUCCAUAGGUUUAUUGAAAGAAGGAAAAAUAAAUCUUAUUCCCCA